GCUUCCGGUUCUUAAGUUAUUUGGUAGUAGGAUAUCCCUUUAUGUGUUUUUGCGUGGUGCUUCAAAGCAAACAACACAUAGGAGGACAGCGCUGUUUCACCAAUGCAAUUUAAAAGGUGACAUCCUGCUGGUUCGAGCACAUAGCCUGCACCAUGGGGAGGAGGUACUACUGUGACUACUGUGACCGGUCCUUUCAGGACAACAUGCAUAACAGGAAAAAACAUCUGAACGGGGUUCAGCACCACAGAGCUAAAAAGGCCUGGUAUGACUACUUCAGAGACUCUUCAGCCAUUCUGUGUGAUGAGCAAACAAAGAAACCCUGCAGGAAGUUUCUCCAAAAAGGAAUUUGUGAUUUUGGCCCCAACUGCAGGUUUUCUCACAUGUCCGAAGAGGAUCUGUUUAACCUAAAAAGACAGGCGGAAGAUGAAAGACAGCGCAGAGAGGACUUUGCAGACAGAAUGAUGCCCGGUCGUAGUGUAGAAGACUGGCUCUCCAGAAGGAAGAAGAAGCAAACUACACUCGGUAGCAAAGGAGAUCUAAAAGAUAAGGAAGACAGCGAAGAGGGCCAAGAAGAAAGUUUCAUACCUCAACAGAUCCUCUCCAUCCCUGACCUUCCACCCUCUCUCCUGCCUCCUCCUCCAGGCGGAUGGAAAGUCAAAGUGAACACAGAAUGGGCUUGAAAGAUAUUCACUUUGUGGUUCAAAUCACUAUUAAGUGGGUUUGUCACAUUAAUAGAAGGACUGGUUCAGAAUACAUAUGUUGUGAGAGAUGGCGUCACGUUAGUAUUCCGUUGAUUCUAAAAAUCUCUUUGUUGCCACUUCUGAUUUAAAAGAUAAGAAUAAAAAACACUUUCACAGUUGAGGUCACGUUUUUUUAACUAUGUUGAACUUUUAAUUUAUUACAUUUUACAUAAAAUUCUUA